UUGGAGUAUGCUAAAAGUGUAUCCUUGUUAAAAAAUAUGUCGAAAAUUAUGUAGGAUCAUUGAUCGUAGGGGCAUAUGGUUGGCAGAAAUUUUAUCACUAUUUCUGGGUUUCAGCCAAAAACACAGAGCUUAUUCAGCAGUCAGAAUUAGACUGUUUUGUGAACAAAAUUUUCUUUGUCUUUUUAUGUCAGUGUCAGUUUAAGAAAAGAAAACCUUGUUCAGUUUGUUGCAUUUUUUGAUACAAAAUGCAAGGAGAGGAAAAAACAGUGAAUGAACAAGUGUUUCCGAUAGCUAAUCAUUUAAUUUGUUAUAUGUGCAAAAAGAAAAUGAAAAUGAAACGCAGUAGGUCUUUGUCUCCUAAAGCUUCGUGCAGUGAGGAUGACAUGAAGCGCAUGAAACUUGGAGAGAAUGAGAAAAAUGACAUAAUAAUAAUGCAUCCCCAUAUAUUAGAUUUUUCUGAUGAUGUAUUACUAAACAUUUUCAAGUAUCUGAAUCCUCAAGAUCUCAUGGCAAUAAGCUUAUCGUGUCAGCGGUUAGCUCAAGUUGCCCAAGACAAAACUUUAUGGAGAAGAGUAGAUUUUCGGGUGAAACCGAUAUUACUAAAUGAUUUAAAAGAAUAUAUAAAAUUUUUUCAACCAAUGACAGUAAGUCUUGCUGUUCGUGGUAGUUUGCACUGUGAAAAAGAAGCAGAGCUUAGUCCCUACUUUUUUAAUUCUAUCAAAAAUUCAUGUACUCAACUAAGGGAAUUAACUAUCGAAGAAUAUUAUAUCAAUGGAGAUAAGUGUUUGAUCUUAAGCAAUUGUCAGUGGUUCACUCCACAUUCAUUACUAGUUAUUAGUAAAAUGCCAAAGUUGAAAGAAUUAAGGCUAAAUUCGUGUCACCGAUUAGGAGAAUGCGUUGCUUACACCAGUUUGGCUACAAGAUUCGGAUUUAAAACUUUAGAGAUUCUUGACUUGCGAGAUACUGCACUUGGUGACAGUGAAGUCGGAUGUUUCAGUUGUACUAAAACUUUGACUCAUCUUUACCUUGAAUGCCCUUUUAAUUUACGAAAUACAGAAUCGUCAGAUCAAGAGUCAAGGCCUCUGCCACCAGAAGGUUUAAAUCAACCUGUAUAUGAAGAUGAUAAUCUUGUACAGUUUGUGGUUGAAGACGGAUUUCGUUGGGAAAAUUACACAUUUGGACGUUGCUUAAUCACAGAUAGAGCAAUUUGUGCUCUUGGAAUUGACACGUGUGAUCGCAAAAUAAUAAAUAACUCGGCAGAAGGAGUUAUAGUUGUAGAAGAUGACAAACGAAUAUUUAACAAUCCACACUUAAAAACAUUAGUUGUCAGAAAUUAUCCAUACGUUACAAACUCAAGUCUCGUACAUCUGGCUUUGAAUGCGUCAAGUCUCGAAUAUUUAGAUGUAAGUGGUACUUCAGUUACGAGGCAAGGAGUUGAAACUUUUAAGUCUCGAAGAUCAAACGUUAAAAUAAUCACUUCAUUCGAUGAAACAUAGUUGAUGCAAACUAUAAUGGAAAUGUGAAUUUAGUGCGAUUAACACAAGUUUAAAUAUAUGAUUGAUACGUAUUUAAACAUAGAGGAACACAAGCAUUUGAAAAGUACAGAGUCAUUUUAAAAGCUUCAAUGCCAGGAUACUCUUACAGUUAAAUAGAUCUAUUUUCCGCAGAAACAUAACUAUAAGAGUUAGAAGUAAACAGUUUUUUACUUUAAUUAGGUAAUAUGUAUAAAUCAUCUUAAUUUGCAUCUUAAUUUUACAAUCUCCAUGUGUGUUCAAUGUAUUUAUUCGUAUGUGUUACAGUUCCAUUAUAUUGUAUAUAAGUAUAUGUGUGCAAUUUAAUAACAUAUUCAAUUUUAUGAUGGUAAUUCUUAGAGUAACAAAAUAUAAUACAUUAUUUUCUAUUCAUAAUAAUGUAAUGUUAUUAUCGAAAUAGAAAACAUUAGUAUGUAUGAAGCAUUUCAAAUACAUCACUUGGAGAAGGGUUAGUGAUACACACUAUAAUUGUAAAAAGGCGUACAGUGGAUAAAAGUUAUUUAUUAAAAAAAAAUAAAAAAUUGAAAGAUAUUGA